AUGCCUACCGCAAUCGCAAAGCUCGAGGCUCUGCAACCAGCCCUAUCUGUUACUGCCCAAUCCCUUGGUGCCCCCGAGGACCUUCCCGGACUCGAUGCUUCCAAAGUGUUAAUCACGCACUCGACCAACCUUAAAGAGCUCCCGCCCCCCGAGAAACUUGUUUUUGGCCAGACCAUGACGGAUCACAUGCUCAUUGUGAACUAUAGUCCUGAGACCGGCUGGUCGGUCCCUGUCAUUAAGCCCUAUGCUCCUUUGCAACUUGACCCGGCAUGCUCAGUAUUUCAUUAUACUCCUGCGCUCUUUGAAGGGAUGAAGGCUUUCCUUGACCCAUCUGGGCAGCCCAGAUUGUUCCGUCCGGACCUGAACAUGCAGCGGAUGUCAACGUCGGCAGACCGGGUUGCUUUGCCUCACUUUGAUGCAAACGAGUUGUUGAAACUCAUCAAGAAGCUUGUGAAGCUCGAGGCACGAUGGAUUCCCAAGAUCCAAGGCUACAGUUUGUACAUCAGACCAACUAUGAUCGGUACUCGGCCUGCUAUCGGCGUCGCUGCAUCAACGCACGCGUGCCUCUACGUCAUCUGCUCUCCGACUGGUCCAUACUUUCCUACAGGAUAUAAGCCCGUUAGCUUAUGGGCGGAACAAGACGCUGUUCGCUCAUGGCCAGGGGGAACAGGCGCAUACAAGCUUGGUAUCAACUAUGCCCCAUGCUUCAAACCACAACAAGAAGCGGCUCGUAAAGGCUAUCAGCAGAUUCUGUGGAUUUUGGGUGAAGCCCAGCAGAUCACCGAAGUCGGCCAAAUGAACUUUUUCGCGGUGUUCCAGCGGGACGACGGAGCCUACGAUGUGGUUACUCCCAUACUGGAUGGUACCAUCCUGCCCGGAGUCACACGAAACUCGGUCUUGGCACUUGUCAGGGCUGAUGGCGACUCUUCUCUAUUGGCCAACUUCCAGAGAUCCCACAAGUUGUAUGCACACGAACGGCAGUUAACACUUCCGGAACUCCACGAAAUGUCCGAGAGCGGUCGAUUGAUAGAAGCAUUUGGUGUUGGAACUGCGGCAAUUAUCUGCCCUAUAGGGAGAGUCGGUUACCAAGACAAGUCCACCGGCGCUACGCGCGAGAUACAAAUGCCCGAAUAUAAGAGUGGGUUGGGGCCGUUAUCGACGGUUCUUUUGGAGAGUAUCGUCGCGAUUCAAGAAGGGAGGAUUGAGUUUGAAGGAUGGAGUCAACCUAUUGACGUGUAA